UUCAUACAGACCAGAAUCCAGAAGGACAUAGCUUCAGAUAAUUUCGCACACUGUUUUAAUAGCCUAAGUGUACCUCCUAUCUAAGAAAAAUAAGUUCAUCUUUCUAACUGUAAUUUUUCUCAUUAACCGGACUAUGGGUUUGACUCCGACAAGCGUAAUAUUCCUAUUAAUGAUCUUGGUUAUCAAGGUCGAAGCACAUUUGCAACAAGUUGAAAGAUCAAGCCAGAUGACAGAUGUUCAGAUACCACAAUUUGGAGGUCAAAACAAAGACACAUUAGAAGCUAAUAACUUGGUAUUCAGAGAUUAUAAUACGCUUCCUGGACAAGACCUGACAGGUUUGUUAAAUCCUAUUCCCCACCCCAACACUCUGGUUUCUGACAUAAAAAUACCAUCUUCUCGAAAGUUUGAAGGUCAAUUCCUAGCAGACGGACAAAGUUCCCCAAAGAUAUGUCGAUCUUCCAAAACCACUCGUGGCCAACAAUGUUUUGGGCAUCUUACUUGGUCAAGUCCUUAUUCACAACCAAUGGUCCAGAAGAAAAACUUAGCUGCACUGGCUAGGAAUGGACGUCUAAGUUCGUUACAGUCUUUUCAUUCUAGGUUUUCAAAGAACUCUCAGGUUAUUCUCGGUACAAAACAACUUGUGGAUGGUUUACCACCACAGAAUAACAAUCCUGAACAGAUCGAGUAUCCGAUACAGGACGAUGACGAAUUAGAAGACUGUGUAACAGACUACCAGGAGGCUGGGGAACAAAACAGUCUAGAAAAAGAAAAACGAAAUAUUAGAGCACUUGCAAGAGCCGGAAAGCUUCCCAUGCGCUGGCACGGACAGCCUAAUUGGCUGAAACUGCAAAAAGACGAUUUUGUGUACCCUUUCCGACACAUGUUCCAGUUAACUCCUUUGAGCUUUUUCAUCGACAAACGGCAACCAAUCGGGUACUUGCGAUUCUACAAAGUUAAAACAAAGCGUUGUAAGAGAUCGACCCCUGCUGGAGAAUCUCGUUAAUAAAAUCUAAGACCUAAAGAGAACUCAGAUAAUCGUGUGAAAUUUUAUGGAAUAAUCUAAAUUUGGGUGUUCACUUAUUGCAGUUUGAUGUUUUGCAUAAAUAACUUUCUUUAGAUUCUCAAUGUUUUAGUACGGGAACUUUUAAAUCUCUUUCAAGUGUGGUUUUAAAAGUCUUUAUCUUUCCGGUAAUAAUUGGAACAUUUCAAUCACGCACUAAAAUAUAUACUGCUAGAGUAAUCUGUAUUCGUCAGUUUCAA